CAUCUAUCUUUACCGUCGGCUGAACUUUGCCUUCUCCUGAAUCGGUGACAUUGAUUCCUAAUUCAUAAACCCUAACUUCUUCCUUCGUUCGCGCUCAGAGAGCUAGAGCCUUCGACGAACAAAGCCGCCGGUGAUUCAAAUCCUCAUCUCUUCAAAAGGUGAUGGAAGGGGAGAAUGUCACGGAGCCGUUGAAUACAGCGGCGCCAUCUACGGGAGAGAGUAUCUUCGCCACAGCUCCUCCUCCAAGUGAUUCAGUAUUGGCCACUGCUGCUUCGAGUAUCUCUCCAAGCAGUAAAUCUCAGCCGGAGCAAUCCUCUAUGUCUAUUGCCACUACUGCGCAAUUGAGUGCUAAUGCAGCAGCCUCCUCAAUUGCUAAUCCCAUACCUCAAGCUUCGCAUAUGCUACAGAAUCCGCCUUUUGGUCGACCAGGAACACUCGCUCCUCCUGGACUCAUGACAUCGCCGCCUGCUUUUCCUGGUUCCAACCCUUUCUCCACAAUUCCAAGACCCGGGGGUCCUGCUCAAAUCAAUCCUGGUGUUCAUCCACACAUGUAUCCUCCUUAUCAUUCUCUGCCGCCAAUGCAUGGAACGCCUCAAGGAAUGUGGCUGCAGCCUCCCCCUAUGGGUGGUAUCCCCAGGGCGCAUUUCCCAUCACAUCCUACUCCUUUUCCUGGUAAUUACCCAUUUCCAGUUCGCGGAGCUUCUUCUCACCUGCCAUAUCCUGGUUCUCAACCGCUUCCUGUGGGGAAUGCUGGCACUGUUCAUGCGUUACCGGGUCACCAACCGUUAGAUGUUCCUCCUGGUCAAAAGCCAGAAACACUCUCAGGAAUUGAUGACAGAGCUGGUUCUCAACUAGUAGGAAAUCGAGUAGAUGCCUGGACUGCACAUAAAUCAGAAACAGGAGUUGUUUAUUAUUAUAACUCGGUUACAGGGCAAUCGACCUAUGAAAAGCCUCCUGGUUUUGAAAGGGAGCCUGAUAAAGUGCCGGUGCAGCCAAUUCCUAUCUCUAUGGAGAAUAUACAUGGGACGGAUUGGGCUCUUGUUUCCACAAAUGAUGGCAAAAAAUAUUACUACAACAAUAAAACAAAGGUAAGUAGCUGGCAGAUUCCACCUGAGGUGAAAGAUUUGGUGAAGAAAACGGAGGAGAGGUCAACGGAGAGUUUAGCUUCUGUGCCGAGCGCUGAUUUAACUGAAAAGGGUUCUGAGCAAUCAAGUUUGAGCGCACCUGCUAUUAACAAUGGUGGCCGGGAUGCCGUAUCGCUCAGAACUACAAUUGUUCCUGGUUUCUCAGCGUUGGAUUUGGUCAAAAAGAAACUGCAUGAUUCUGGAGUUCCUGUCUCCUCUACGACAACAUCUGAAGCAAAUGGUGGUAAAGCAAACGAGGUCACACCUAGUGGAGAGAGUGGAGAUGGUAUGGGCAAGGUAAAAGAUGCUCCUGGAGGUGGUGACCUUUCUGAUUCUACUUCAGAUUCCGAAGAUGAAGACAGUGGACCAUCGAAGGAAGAGUGUAUCAAACAGUUUAAGGAAAUGCUCAAGGAGAGAGGAGUAGCACCGUUUUCUAAAUGGGAGAAGGAACUGCCAAAAAUUAUCUUUGACCCUCGCUUUAAGGCAAUUCAAAGUCAUUCUGUUAGAAGAUCUUUAUUUGAGCAGUACGUAAAGACUCGCGCUGAAGAAGAACGUAGGGAAAAGCGUGCUGCUCAUAAGGCAGCUGUUGAAGGUUUCAAGCAGUUGCUGGACGAAGCGUCUAAGGACAUUGAUAAACACACUGAUUAUCAUACUUUUAAAAAGAAAUGGGGAAAUGAUCUGCGGUUCGAAUCACUUGAGCGGAAGGAAAGAGAAGCUUUGCUGAAUGAAAGAAUCCUUUCUUUGAAACGAGCUGCUGACCAGAAGGCGCAAGAAAUCCGCGCAGCAGCAGCCUCUGAUUUCAAGACGAUGUUACAUGAAAGAGAAGUGUCCAUAAAUUCACAUUGGUCCAAGGUAAAGGAUAGCCUGAGAAAUGAUCCAAGAUAUAGAUCUGCUGCACACGAGGACAGGGAGGUCUUUUAUAAUGAGUACAUUGCGGAAUUAAAAGCUGCAAGGGGAGAUGAGUAUGAGAUGAAAAGUAGAGGCGAAGAGGAUAAACUGAGAGAACGAGAGCGGGAGUUGCGAAAACGGAAAGAAAGAGAAGUGCUAGAGGUGGAAAGGGUACGACAAAAAAUCAGAAGGAAAGAGGCAGUUGCCUCUUAUCAAGCUUUGCUAGUGGAGAAGAUCAGAGACCCUGAGGCAUCCUGGACAGAAUCGAAGCCGAAACUUGAGAGGGAUCCUCAAAAACGCGCCUUAAAUCCGGAUUUAGAUCCUGCUGAUAAAGAGAAGCUGUUCCGAGACCAUAUAAAGACAUUGUACGAGAGGUGUGCCCGUGACUUCAAAGCUCUUCUAGUUGAAGUCUUGUCAUCGGAAGCUGCUUCUCAGCAGACAGAAGAAGCAAAGACCGUGCUCAACUCUUGGUCGACGGCUAAACAAGUACUCAAAUCCGACAUCCGAUACAGCAAAAUGCCCAGAGAUGACAGGGAAGUCAUAUGGCGCCGAUAUGCGGAAGAUAUCUUGAGGAAACAGAAACAAGAUAGCCCUCAAAAGGAAGAUAAACCAAGAGACUACAAGAUCUAAAAGCUGCAGAAUGCAUUUUCGUAAGAUUAAAAAGCUCAGUUUCUAUACGAAAGCUCAUUUGAUUUAUCAUUCAUCAAUCAGAGCUUUGUAUAUUCGACAGAAGAGCAAACUACUUGCGAAUUCUUUGGUUUUCUCCUUUGAGGAUUAUGUGGUUUUUGCAAUUUUAGAACUGUAACAAGAAGAUCCUGUCUUUGUUUGAUGUCUACUUUUACUACACUUUCCAUAUGGUGAAACCUGUAUUUUCAUGACAA